CUGAUAAAAACAAUCCCUUAUCUUGCGAUCCUCCCGAUUCGCAGUCCGAUCAUUCGUUCGCUAUUUUUUUAUUUUAUUAUGUAGUGAUUAAUUUCUAUAGUUAAAGUUACUUUUGUCAUUAACCGAGACGUAAGCAUCGAUCAUUCCAAAAUGAGCGUCGAUGCUGACUCGUUCGUGAGACAGAACGUGGUUUGGUCUCAACUACCCCCAAACAUUAAACAAAGCUUUGGAAACUCGGAGGCAGAAUAUAACAAAUUCAUCAAUAAUUUUAGCAUUAAGAAUCAACUGAGAUUCAGGGGCAACCUCAUUCGCCAUGUACGCAAAGAUGAGAAACAGUAUUACGAAGAACUCAUCAAUUUCAGCAAGAAGACUUACAUGCUGUAUCCUUAUCAUUUAGCUGAUAAAAUUGUCAAAGGUCUCAACAUCACACCUUUUCAUUAUUACUUCUCAAUGCUAGAAUUCAUCAUGGAAAAGGAGAAGAACUACGACCAGCUUCCCAAUUUCACAGCUGUAGACUGUUUGAGACUCCUAGGUGUUGGGAGAAACGAAUACAUAGAAUUGAUGAACCAGUACCGUUCCGGUAAAAAGUUAUUCCGAAAGAAAAGUCCAGCAAGAGUUUUGUUGCCUUUGAAGCCUAACACUAUCAAAAUUGAACCAUGGUGGUAUAUUGAUGUUGGCUUUAUAUCAGAAGAUGAUGCCAAGGUUAUUCCUGAAGAAGAAAGGAGGAUCAUCGAUAAAAUAAUUGAUAAUGGUCAUCAAAAGGCUGGUGAAUUAGACCUUCCAUCAAUUCUCAAUUUGUACAAGAAACAUUUCAUUUACCUUGAAGUACCGAUUCAAGAUGAUGAUUAUGUGACUGUCCCACCUUUAGAGGGCUUUGUAAUGAACCGAGUCACCGGAGAUUACUUUGAGACCCUUUUGUACAAAAUAUUUGUAUCUAUUGAUGAGAACACAUCUGUCAGUGAGCUGGCUUCAAUAUUAGAAGUGGACCUACAGUCAGUCAAAGAAGCCGUUUCUCUGUACUGCAGACUAGGAUUUGCCAAAAAGAAAUCCAAAGACAUGGAGCUUAUAAGUUUACAUCCUUCCUGGCAGAGUUUAGAGUCUGACAGGAUCAGUCCAUCAUCAAAUGAUGAACCAAUCCUGUUUGAGCUGAAUGCUGCGCUAGCAGAAGCCAGUCUCUUAGGUGAUGAGGUGCUAACUCCAAGUGAAGAAACAGAGCCAACUCUCAGGAGCAAGAGAAUUGGAUUUAUUUUUGAUUCCACACUAACUGCAUUCUUGAUGAUGGGAAAUUUAUCGCCGGGCUUGAAAAGUCAUGCUGUCACAAUGUUUGAAGUGGGCAAGCUGACUGAUGAAAGCUUAGACAGUUUUCUAACAGAAUUAGAAAAAGUUAGCACCUCUCGAGAUGACAGUGAAGGAGAGGCAAAAAGAUACUUUGAUCAUGCCCUAGUCCUUCGAUCAACAAUAAUGUCUUUGCGAAAUCAACCGGACUUCUUCAACUGUGGCAUUGAUUUAAUCCGAUGCGAACGUCUCCAGUCCCUAGAAAAAAGCACUUGUGAUCGUUUACUGAAGAAGAAUUAUUCAAUACUCUUAUCAAUGGCACCCUUGAGUAAAGAAAUUACCCCAAUUGUUAGCAUUGAACCUCCUCAUCUAGGCCCUGCUGGAGCAGAAGUUAAUUCGUUCUGGUUCAAGUUGUUUUUGUAUAGAGAAGCAAAUUGUGGUCCCACAUCACUGUUGCUCCCAAGAGGCACAAGGCUAAGAAGAAUUCCAUCUGUUUUCAAAACUUGUGAUAAAAUUCUGGUGUCCUCCUGGGGUCAUGAACCCGGUCUUCUUCCUGUUAAUAACAUUUUAUUCACUGUCAAUGAUGCUUUAACAUACUCUCCAGUUUUAAUUCAGGCUUUCGGCGCACCCAAGGACGUUGAAACUCGUUGCAUACCCUUUCCAAGUAAAAAUAAGUCUGAGAAAUAUGGAAACGAGUUUGAUAGUUUUUGGAGCACUAAUUCUUAUCUAACCAAUCUUAACAGUAAACUUGGCUUAUCACGCACAUGCGGCUAUGUAGAAAUAUUUAGGUUUAAGACAAAACAGCCCAGUAUAAAAAGGAAUAUCCUGAAAGAGGAGCUUCCAUUUUCUGUGCAAUAUCCUUUGCGAUAUGAAAAGAAGGGUCUCAGCAACAACUCUGAGAAUGGUGAUGGAUAUUUGCUGGCACCAAAGGUAGACACUCAAUCCAACUCAGAACCGAUAGAUACUCCUAAAACGGAGUCAUUGCCAGAAAAAGGUACUCCAGUGAAUGGCAUCACCAGUCAAAAAAGUGCCACCAUCCUAGCUGAAGAGCUAGAUAAAAUGUGUGAUAACUUCUCCGUGCCAACCGAUACCUGUUACCUGAGCAAAUCCAAUGACUCCAGUGUGAAUUUCAACUCUGAUAACUCUAGCGAAUUUGAAAGUCUAGAGAUGUCAGGGCUCAAAGAUUCGCCGCAAUCAACAAAAAAUAUUCCUGUUGCCUGUGACAAAAAUGUGGAUCUCUUUGCAAGACAUCCAACUCCAAAUGUAGGCUCCUCAGAGAAAGAAUUGUCCAAUAGAAGGUUCUUGAGGAGUUUGCUCCAAAAACCGCUGAGACCGGAUGAUUUUGCGAUCGAGUCUCAAUCACAGAGCAAUGAGAGAGAUGAUUGGUAUCUGCUAGAUUGUUGCUUUGGAAUCCCAUUGUUUGAUGCUGCGAUCAACUCUCCAAUGUGUGAAAAUCUUCUGAAGAGCAAGUUUUGGGAGAAAGACAAGUUACAGCAAUUAGCAGACUUCAACACUGAAUUGAAUACAAAAUUGAACUCGUUCAUCGAAGAAUUCAAGGGACAAAAUUUCAAAUGCUCCAACGGGUUUUCCAAGUUGGAUUGCAUUAGACUUCCUGUUCAACCUGUGAUGUAUGAAUGUGAUAAAGGCGUUUCCUUUUGGAAUCUGGACUUCGACAGCUGAGAGUCCCUGUCUGUUUGUUUGAAACAGACAUCAUCUUUUCUCAAGAAAAAAAAGACACACAAACCAUAAUUUUUGUACUUCUCAUCAUUCCUGCCUUCUAGUCAAUCCUUUGUGAGGUUGCAACCUCAAAUUAUCCGUACGUAAAAAUUCGAAAUUUGUAUAACAAAUAUUGUUGAAAUAAAGUUAGUUUUAGAAGUUUC